UAUAUUGUUAUGUUUCCUUUAAACAGGUGAGGAACCUGGAAGUGUGCUGCUCGGAGCUGCCGUUAAGAAUAAAACUUGUUGUUCAGCUGUGAGAAGUUCAGUUACUGGAGAGUCUUCAGUUACCGUGCCUUCAGGGUCUGCCUCAGCUUUAGAGCUGAGACCAUAAUUUCUCAGGCAGACCUCAGCCAGUGAAUAAGCAAGCUCUGCCUCUGCAACUUCACUCUUCUCUAGGAAGAGCACUCAGCAACCACCAGUAUGGCUCCAGGGCUCCUGACCACCAGGGAUGAGGCAUUGAUGGCCUUCAGAGAUGUAGCUGUGGCCUUCACGGAGAAGGAGUGGAAGCUACUGAGUCUUGCCCAGAGGACCCUGUAUCAAGAUGUAAUGCUGGAGACCUACAGCCACUUGGUGUCACUGGGAAUCACCUUUUCCAAACCAAAACUCAUCACACAACUGGAGCAAGGGGACGAGCCCUGGAGUGAGGAGAGCGAAUGUUUGGACCUGUGUCCAGAACCAAGGACAGAGUUCCAGCCCAGUGUGUCCUGCCCAGUGGCCUUUUCCAGUCCACAGUCCCUCCGACAAUAUGUGCUGUGCGGUCAGCCCCCUGAGAUUUCCCCACGCUCUUCUGUGGGAUGUCACUUCCCCCUGGAAGCUCCAAGCUGCUCCAGCGAGAAAGCGGAAGAUGGAGAGAGAGAGGGCUCUGGCACCGUGUCCGGGAGGCUGCAGCCGACUGGGACGUCAGGCAUAUUCUUUGGUCCAUUUCAAGGUCAGCCAGUACACAGGGUGGAAGGCAACAGAGGUGGAGGAGCAGACCAGAAGAGGAAUCCUGAGGUGGCAGACACAAUGUGGACAAGGGCAGACCACUCAGACUCUGCAGCAGUUGUGGGUGAACAAUAUAAACAAGGACGCAUCACAUACUCGGGCCUAUUUAGCCUCCAGAAACGUCAUGUGUGUCGUGAAUGUGGCCAAGGUUUCUGCCAGAGGUCAGACCUCCUCAAGCACCAGAGGAUGCACUCAGGGGAGAAGCCUUACAGCUGUGGGGAGUGUGGGCGAGGCUUUGGCCGGAAGUCCUCCCUCACCAUACACCAGAGGAAGCACUCCGGGGAGAAGCCGUACGUGUGCAGGGAAUGCGGGCAGCACUUCAGGUAUACGUCCUCACUCACGAACCACAAGAGGAUACACUCGGGAGAGAGGCCCUUCGUGUGUCAGGAGUGUGGGCGAGGCUUCCGCCAGAAGAUCGCCCUCGUGCUGCACCAGAGGACACACUUGGAGGAGAAGCCCUUCGUGUGCCCGGAGUGUGGGCGGGGCUUCUGUCAGAAGGCGUCCCUCCUGCAGCACCGGAGCUCGCAUUCCGGGGAGAGGCCCUUCCUGUGCCUGGAGUGUGGGCGUGGCUUCCGGCAGCAGUCCCUGCUCCUGGUGCACCAGGUCACACACUCGGGGGAGAAGCCUUACGUCUGUGCUGACUGUGGGCACGGAUUCCGCCAGAAUGCCACCCUCAUCAGACACCAGAGGACGCACACGGGCGAAAAGCCUUACCUGUGCUCUGAGUGUGGGCGUGGCUUUCGUCAGAAGGUCGCCCUCACGGGACACCAGAGGACGCACACAGGAGAGAAGCCCUACGUGUGUCCCGAGUGUGGGCGGGGCUUCGGUCACAAGGUCACACUCAUCAGACACCAGAGGACACACACAGGGGAGAAGCCUUACAUAUGCUCCGAGUGUGGCCGCACCUUUGCCCUCAAGUCACUUCUCACCAGACACCAGAGGAGACACUUAGGGGAGGAGUGUGAUGGAGAUGGAGUGUGUGAGCAAAGACUCGGCCCGAAAUCUGACCUCACCUCUGACCAGAGGUCACACUCGAGAGAGAAGUGGUGCGUGUGUGGUGAGUGUGGGCGCGGCUUUGGCUUCAGGUCAGCCCUCAUCAGACACCAGCGGACCCACUCGGGAGAGAAGCCGUACGUGUGCAGGGAGUGUGGUCGUGGCUUCAGCCAGAAGUCUCACCUGCACAGACAUAGGAGGGCCAAGUCUGGCCAUCACCCGCUGCCACAGGAGCUGUUCCCCUGACCUUUCUGUUCCUUUCGCCACCAGUGUGAAGAUGGCAGAAGACACUGGGAAAUG